CUCCGCCCGGGCACAGCGUCCGCGCCGCGACCCGACGGAGGCGGCUGGCCAGCCGGACCCCCGGCCCGGCCCCUCCCCGGCUCCCGGGUCCCCGGAGCCCGAGCCCCGUCCGCUCACAGUCCGCACGGAGGAGGCAGAGCGCCGCCCGCCCCGUCCUUCCCCGCACGCGCCGGCCCGUCCACCCGCUUCCUCCUCGGGGCCGGCCUGACGCGGUCACGAGGGCGGACAGCGCAGUCCGAGCCGCUCCCCGCCCGCCCUCCCCGGGGUCCGGCUGCGAUGCCCCGGCCUCCCCGGCGGCGUCCGCAAGCCCCGCCACCUGCCACCUGCCCGCGGGGGAAGAGGACGUGCAGAGGAGCUGCUGGCACACCCACCGCCCUCUGACCUUGACCCGAGUAUGCAGGCCCCACCCUGCAGCCGCCCGGGGCUCAGCCUGGAGGACUUCAUCCCUGGCCACCUCCGGGCCCACGGAGGGUCAUUCUCCAGGGGGACGCGGGUGCCCGUGAUCCGGAAUGGUGGCUCCAACACCCUUAACUUCCAGUUCCAUGACCCUGCGCCCAGGACUGUGUGCAAUGGGUACUUCCCAACCCGGAGAGAGCCCCCCCAGCACCCAGACCCUGCUUGGUAUCAGACCUGGCCAGGCCCUGGGGGUCGGCCCGCAGGGACCCAGAAGGCCCCCGCCUCCCAGCACCCCCAGAACUGGUCAGCCACAUGGACCAAGGACAGCAAACGCCGGGAUAAGCGCUGGGUCAAGUACGAGGGCAUCGGGCCCGUGGACGAGAGCGGCAUGCCCAUCGCCCCCCGAUCGAGUGUUGACAGCCCUAGAGACUGGUACCGGAGAAUGUUCCAUCAGAUUCACCGGAAAAUGCCAGAUUUGCAUCUGGACUGGUCCUUCGAGGAAGCACCCAAAGUGGCUUCCUCCUGUGCCACCUCUGCAGACUCAAGGUGUCCAGGGCCUCAGCAAAGACCUGCAACCCGGCCAGGCCAGGCCUCUUCUCUGAGCGGAAGAAGCUGGGACCCCUCUGAAGAAUAUCCUAGAAGCACCUUCAGCUGUAACCCUGGAGCAUUCUCCUCCCUGCCGAGGACCCCGAAUCAGGUGCCCAGACGCCGAGAGAAAGCAGACAAUGUCUGGACAGAAGAGUAUUGGAACCAGUUUCUGCAAGAACUAGAGACUGGGCAGAAGCCCAAGAAACCUCUGGUGGAUGAGCCUGCUGAGAAGCCCUCCCAGCCCAUCGAGGUCCUGCUCGAGAGGGAGCUGGCCAAGCUGAGCGCCGAGCUGGACAAGGACCUGCGGGCCAUUGAGACCCGGCAGACCUCUCCCAAGGGCUCCCCGGCGUCCCGGCCGCCCCCGGAGCCGCGGGCCUCCGCGCGCCCGGCCUCUGCCUGGAGCCUCAGCAACCCGAAUGCACUUUACCGGGGCGCCUCCUGGCCCCUGAGCCCCCACAGAAUGGCGGAUGGAGGAAGCCCCUUCCUAGGCCGUAGGGAUUUUGUCUACCCUUCCUCAGCCCGAGACCCUAGUGCCUCUGAACGAGGGGUCAGUCCUGCCAGGAAGGACGAAAAGAAGAGGAAGGCUGCCAGGCUCAAGUUUGACUUCCAGGCACAGUCCCCCAAGGAGCUGACCCUGAAGAAGGGGGACAUUGUCUACAUCCACAAGGAGGUGGACAAGAACUGGCUGGAGGGGGAGCACCACGGCAGGCUGGGCAUCUUCCCCGCUAACUACGUGGAGGUGCUGCCUGCCGACGAAAUCCCCAAGCCACACAAGCCGCCCACCUACCAGGUGCUGGAGUACGGAGAGGCCGUGGCCCAGUACAACUUCAAGGGGGACCUGGAGGUGGAGCUGUCCUUCCGAAAGGGGGAGCGCAUCUGCCUGAUGCGGAAGGUGAACGAGAACUGGUAUGAGGGGCGCAUCUCGGGCACCGGGCGCCAGGGCAUCUUCCCGGUCAGCUACGUGCAGGUGUGCCGGGAGCCCCGGCUGCGCCUCUGCGAGGAGGGCCCCCAGCUCCCCGCGUCCCCCAGCAUGACCGCCGCCCGGGUGGCGGCGCGCCACCCCAGCUCCCCCGGGGCGCCGCGCAGCCCCGCGGACCCCACCGACUGGGGGGGCCGGACCUCCCCCCGCCGCGCCGGCUUCUCCUUCCCCGCCCAGGAGCCCAGACCCCAGACCCAGGUACCGGGCAGUGUACCAGUACAGGCCCCAGAACGAGGACGAGCUGGAGCUGCGGGAGGGGGACCGGGUGGAUGUCAUGCAGCAGUGCGACGACGGCUGGUUUGUGGGUGUCUCCCGGAGGACGCAGAAAUUUGGGACAUUCCCUGGAAAUUAUGUAGCUCCGGUGUGAGAGGUCUCCGUGGCAACUCAGAGCCCAGCCAGGAUGGAGUGGAGCGCAGUAGCACUUCUCAGAGGGCGAGAGGAUCUUCCUCCCCAGGACCUGGCUGCCGGCAUCUGCAGACAACCCAACAAACAGCCUUCCCCUCGGAGCCCCCCCGGACUGACUCCCACCCACAGCUCACAAGCAUUCCUUUCACAGUCUUUUUAUUUCCUCCCCUCCCCAGUUCCCCAAAUACAGAGGUCUGCUUUGAAGUGGAGACUGUUUCCAGGCCUUAUUGAGACCAGACCCCCGAGUUCCCCCACCCCCACUCUGCCAUGGCGUUUCCUCUAACAGGGACUGGCUCCCAGCUUCACCCCCAUGGGGUUCCUCUAACAAGGAGCAGCUUCCUAACCUCACAGAGACCAAAGGCCGCCUGCAGGGGAUUCCUCUCCACCCCCCCCCCCCUCGUCACUCCAGCUGGCCCGCCGCCCCCUGUGCCUUCCUGCUUCCAUCUGGGCCUGAGAGUUGGGGGGGGGGGGCACAGGGCCUCUUUAGCAUUCAGGGCUUGGCAAGAGGUCUUACCUGAAGCCCCCCCCUCCUCUUCCCAAAAGCUGCCAAGCCCUGGGCCUGUCCUGCUACUGUAGUGCCCAGAGAGGUCGGACCUCAGAGGCCGGGCCCUCCUGCCUCCCCCAGCUCCCCCCAACCCUCAAGUCCCCUCUGGAAGAGAAUGUAAAUAAAUGUGGAUACGGGGA